AUGUUCUCUCGUUCGCGUCAUGCCGACGCCGCAAAGAGGCUCAGCACAUCGCGGUCCAACUCCAACAGCGCCGCAAGCAGCUCGCAAGCGUCAGCGCUCGACACAUCGAUACCGACACCGCCCGUUGCACGAACACAGCAAUCCAACGCAACACCUGUGCACAUCGGACCCCCCGAGGUGCCCACUAUCAUCACCUCGAACGGAACCCCACUCUCGACGUCCGCAUCUACACCGAUCCCAAACGGAUUCUCCCAACCUAAUACACCCAUACAGGCUUCGUCAUCAGUAUCAUCGAGACCAUUCCAGGAUGCCGCGGCUGCUCCGGCCGCCGAUCCUCUCGAUGUCUCCAACAGCAGCUUCUCGUUUGCGUCCCUCGACAGCUUUGGUGCCAUCUCCAUGGCUGGUUCCACCACGGCCGCAGAAGAUGGCAGUCAGAACGGCUCGCGCUAUGGCAUGAGCCCACCUCACUUCACCUUGGCAGCACCCAGAGGCGAGCUCUCUUCCGCCUCCAUACGCAGCCAGAGAAACUGGGACCACUUCGAGGGCAAGCCCGUCUCGCCAUUACCAAGUCCAGCGGUCCAGACCGAGGAAGCACGAGACAUGUUCGACGUGCCGCUCGCGUCGAUAUCGAAGCAAUCGACCGGCAGCUUCCUCUCCUCGCUCGCAGGCCAACCGGCGCCAGUCAAGGACUCGUCGGAAGAAUCAGAUCCAAGGACGAGCGCGGCGGGAACCACGGCGUCUCUUGAUCAAGUGUCGACGCAUCGCAGAGGGAGCAAAAACUGGUCCUUCUUCAACUCAUCGUCCUCAAGCGGACCAUACGUGACACGAGCACCCAGCAUCAAGACGGUCCUCGCCCAAAGUAGUCGCACUGACCCCCACGGCAGCAGCGACUCUUCCUCUCCUGCCACUCCGCUCUCCGCCACCGCCAAGAGGGACGCAGCCGCUGUCAACACGCUCGGGCAUGGCCACGCACCAAGGAUCUCAUCUGCGGAUGUCUCCCACCGAUUCCGACUGCCAGGCAGGCUGCCAGCGCUAUCAACGGAAGCGGCCAGCACGGCUGCUGCUGCUGGACCAUCGACCAUGAGAUCGAGCUCUGCUCUCUACUCUCAACCACACCAUUUUGGAUUCCCACGACAUUCCCGCAUCGGCAGCGGCGAGUCAGCCAUGUCCACAGAUCCUUCCCUCUAUUCUCCGCUCUCGCUCACCGAUGUUCAAUCAGGAGGCGAUCUGUUCAACGUCAAUUCGACCUCACAGCUCUCCCUGUCCGCCAUCUCGGAUGCGCCUAGCGCAACACUCGACGGCCUGCCACCCAACGUGCCUUGGGCACCGGACAGUCCACACAGGAUCCGCAGCCAGACCCAGAUGCUCCUAGACGAUGACCGCAGCGCCCAUUCCUCUCCUACAUCCGCCGUGCCAGACCGAAUAGAGCAGAGAAGCUGGAGGGACGCAGGCAAUGCUUCGAUAGACUCGAUCAGCGCCCUCCGGCCGACCAACGCCAAUAGCGCAAGUCCAGCGACAGCACGUGCGGAGCUAGUGCCUGCCCGAAAAUCUUCUACGGGUUCGACAGGGGAAGGAUCUCAGGAGGAGGAAUCAAGGCUGCGUCUCGGUCACCCCAAACGUAGUCAGGGCCCUUCCGAGUCGGCGACCGGCAGCAGCAUCUUACCUAGAGAUCGUAGGCGUGAGCUGUCCAGCGAGCCAGCGAGCGCAGGGUCAAGAGAGGAAGACGAGGAUGGCGACCGCAUUGGGCCGUAUCGCAUCGAAAGGACGUUGGGCGUCGGCGCUUUCAGUCGUGUCGCUCUGGGUCGUCUGCUACGCGAUGGCGCCGGAGCAAGGUCAUCGGAUCGAAUGAUAUCGUCGCUGCCGGCAUUACGUCAGCGGGCGCUCCAGAUGCAACACCCGGGCACCACCGACAGUGCGUCCCACGGGAGAGACGAAGUGGUGGCGCUCAAGAUGCUCGAUCGAGAGCCGUGCAACAACAACGAGCGUCUCAAGGUCAGUUGGGUGCGAGAGGUCGAGGUGCUCAAGCACAUCUCGCAUCCUAACCUGGUCCGCUUCAUCACGUCGUUCAGCACACCCUCCCGCCACACGCUCGUGCUCGAGCAGGUCGCGGGAGGCGAGCUCUUUGAUGCGCUCAUGUCCAACUUUGACCUGUUCGCACAGCGCGAGUGGCUGGUUCGCGUCAUCUACACGGAGCUGGCCAAUGCCAUCGGAUGGAUGCACCACAUCAACCUCGUACAUCGAGACAUCAAGCUGGAGAACAUUCUUCUGACCGUCGACCUCUUUGCAGCGGCGGGUGCGUCAUUACGACCGCAUCACCUUCCGAAAGGACCCCUGAUCAAGCUGACGGACUUCGGUCUGUCGAGAUUCAUCGAUCCUUCCAAUCCGUUGCUGGAGACACGGUGUGGGUCAGAAGAGUACGCUGCACCCGAGCUCAUCAUCGGCAAAAAGUACGACGGGCGCAAGACGGACGCGUGGGCGUUGGGCGUGGUGCUGUAUGCGCUCGUCACCGGCUCGCUACCAUUCAUGGAGGACGUCAAUGUUGGUGUCAAUGGUGCGAGGGAGGGGCACGGCGAGGAACGCGAUCCGAAGCAGCGCAAGCGACAUCUCUUGCGGAUCGCCAAAGGCGACUUACGGUGGCCAGCAGCGGGCAACGAUGCUUGCGCGGACCAGCCGGACGCUUCGGUGUGUCCACCCAACAUGCGGCUGGUCACGCCGGUGGCCAAGGCAAUGGUCGCACGACUUCUUCGGCGCGAUGCGAACAAACGAGCCACCCCUUGGGAGACGUGGGACGAGCAGUGGCUGCUGGGCGGAAGCUUUGGCUAUGUGACUCUCGCCUCGACGCGGGAAGCAGACCAGACCGACGGCUCUGCGAUGCCUUCGCAGCAGGUGCCCAACGAGGCAUCAGCAGGAGGAGAGAGGCUUGCUCUGCAUCCUGAUCCGCGAUCCCAGCAGGGCCAGCAUUGGCUGGAAACUAAUGCCGCUGUGCGCAAGGACGAUGUCGCUCAGGUCGCGCGCGACGAUUGA